AUGCCGUCCGACACGAGCGGCUUUUGCAGCUCCGUCGCGUCCUGUCUAAAGGACGGCAGCGUCUCCUGCGACACGACCACCGGCGACUGUCCGCCGUGCAUCUACGCGCUCGACGACACGUUCACGUGCUGGGAGAAGGACAACUCGACCAACACGUGCCCGUUCACUGGCGUGCGCUACGACUGCUCUGACUCAUGGAGCUCUUCGCCGCUCCCUCGCCCGAGUCCCGACAGUACCAGUGCCGCGUCUCUAGGGGACCGGCACACUCCCGCGCCUACAGACGAAGUGCGUCUUGCCACGCCGUCUUCCACCCCCUCUGCCGUAUCGACCGAUACCGACGCCGAAGCACUGAGCUCCACGAGCAUCGGCGGCCUCAGCGUCGGAGUAGUCACCUACGGAGCCAUUGGACUUGCGGCGCUUCUCGUCUUGUUGUUCCUCGUCAUCCUCUGCGCGCGGAGACGUAAGAUGCGACGUCGUCGCGAGGAGAACGCGGCGAUUAUAGGCCCGGGGACCAACUUUAGCCACGGCAGCGUCUUGACGGACAAGCGUCCGCGGGGCUUGUCCAAGCUACGCGAUGACCCCUACGCUGGCUCGUACAAUAACGUUCUGGACACGAACAAGGUGAGCUACAUCCGUCCAGACGUCAACUCAGGCGGCAGCAGCGAGGAACAGCAUCAGCAACGGAAGCACUCGCCCCCUGUGCGUGUCAAGAGCUCUGUGCCACGCGGACGCACAAACGAGUCCCCGCGCAGCAUGGACGGCAUGCUGACUGACUCGCCGCAUUCUCCGCCGGUGCUGGGCGGCAAGACCAGCUCCUUCAAGGGGGUCAGUGGACGCAGCAUGCUGCCGCCCUCGAGCGCGGCAGGCAUCAGCGGGUUCUCCAACGUGAGCGAGUACGUGCAGCAAGACGUUUCGUCUCGCUGCACGUCCACUCCGAACGUCUUUGCCGAAUACCUGCGGAUGAAGGAAGAGAUGCAGUACGACGACGAAGGCACUGGCAGUGUCGCGGACGGACUGAGUGCCGUCAGCUUUAGCGACACCAUCAGCGACCUCGACAGCGGCAAGUACUCGUUCGCGUCGUCCCACGACGUUAGUCGCCCGCCGAAGCGACGGGUGGACGUAGACGGCCGGUCGUCAGUGUCCGACUCCAUUGCCGACUCCAUUGCCGACUCGGUCACUGAUUCAGAGUAUGCCGAGCAGCUACGUGCACGUGGCGGCAGUGAGUGCGACAGUGAGAUGUCCUACAACGACGAAAAGUACUCGUUCAGCAGUCUCGAUGGCCUCGAUGACAGUCAGGUACGAGUGGGCAAGCGCGAAGUGGAGAUUUGA